AUGCGACGACGACCUCUGUGUACCUCUGCAUCACGUGUCACAGCUUCGCUGUUGCUGUCCUUCCUCGCCAUUAGCAGCGCUGCGGAGGUGCCUCUGUUGCCGCUACCGCCGACAUCGCCCCAUGUUCACAGCACCGAGAAGGAGUUCUCCCUGCGCCACAUAUACCACCAUGGUACCUACAAGUAUCCCGAGCUGCACCGCCGGCUCGAUAUCCCGGAGAAGGCAGCAGUGUACAUGGUCGAACACGAGGAUGCCCCCAAUCGGGAACUGGUGCCUGCCUUACGCGCCAAGUCGGAGAUUAUGAGCAUCGAGAGGAUGGUGCACAGGGACAGGGACACCAUCGACGGCAUACUGGACUACGGCCGAAUGAGAGGGAAGGCAGUGCAGCUGGCUGCCGAGGACUGGACCAUCGACGACUUGCCCGGGCCAAACGUGACCGACAGAGAGACGGUGCUCAGUUUCGCACGUAUGGCGUCGAAUGCAUACAUAUUGGAGCCAGGGACCGGGGACUGGGAAGAUGUAGGGGGGGGCUUCAACUACACUGAAGACUUUGGUUGGGAGGCAGAUGGUCUGCGUGGACACAUCUUUGCCGACACAGAGAACUCGACGGUUGUCAUCGGGCUAAAGGGCACGUCACCCGCCAUGUUCGACGGGUCAGAGACGACCACGAAUGACAAGAUCAAUGACAAUCUGUUCUUCAGCUGUUGCUGUGGUCAGGGUGGUCAGUACCUCUGGCGGCAGGUCUGCGACUGUCAAACUGCAGCAUAUACCUGCAACUCGACAUGUUUGGUGACCGCACUACGGGAGAAGAACCGCUACUACUAUGCUGCGCAGAACCUCUACCAUAACGUUACGGAAUUGUAUCCAGAUGCUGAGGUGUGGUUCGCUGGCCACUCACUUGGAGGCGCUGUCUCUUCGUUCCUUUCUCUGACGUACGGCCACCCGACCGUCACCUUCGAAGCGGUUCCAGAAGCCAUGCCCGCGGCUAGACUCGGUCUUCCAACGCCACCGGGACAUCAGAUUGGAUCCAUGCAGCACCGGAAGAUGACAGGCGGAUAUCACUUUGGCCAUACGGCAGAUCCUGUCUUCAUGGGUCUGUGCAACACUGCAACAAGCGUAUGCACAAUUGGUGGAUACGCAAUGCAGAGCGUGUGUCAUACUGGCAAGAAGUGCACAUACGAUACUGUGAAAGACUUUGGCUGGCGUGUGGGCAUUGGCACACACAAGAUCGCUGAAGUCAUUCGAGAUGUGAUCUUGAAGUAUGACCAGCCCGCGAAGUGCGAACCCUAUGUCAAUUGCACGGACUGCUAUCCCUGGGAGUACUUCGAAAGCAACGGCACAGAGACCACUACUUCUUCGAAAUCCAAGCCGACGUCGAGCUCGACACUCACGCGCAGCUCCCGCACGCGCACCGAGACAUGCAAGACGCCAGGUUGGUGGGGCUGCCUUGACGAGUCGACCACUGGUAGCGCUACAACUACUAUCAAGACCACCUCAAUUUCGUCAACAUCCUCCUGCAAGACGCCAGGCUGGUUCGGCUGUAAAGACAAGGACACUGAGGAGACUUCUACCACAACGACAACGGUAGCCAGUCCAGCGCCCGCACCUUCUGUCACAACCACCUCACACUCGCCCACCUCCUCUGCAUCGACUUCAUCAUGCAGUUACCCAGGCUGGUUCGGUGGCUGCUUGGACGGCGAUGACCCACCAGGCCACUCGCGCAGCUCUCACAAAUCAACUAUACCAACGCCCACUGCAACUACAAUUACGUGCACCGACGAGGGGUGGUUCGGUCUGAUUUGCUACGACACAACGAAGACCAAGAAGAAGACGUCCAUGAAGGGGUCUGCUACCGAGAGAAUGGAGAUGUAG